UUUUUCUACUUUUGAUUGGCAUCAAAUUCAGUUCUGGAAGAAAUUUUUAUGUAUCGUCGGUACUUAAAGUCUGUUCUUUGGAUUGGUUGUGUGUAGACAGUUGACCAAAUGAAAGUGUUGAAACAGAUACCAAAACCACUAACAAAGAUUGACAGUCCAAAGGAAAUAGUUCGACAGUUUAUACCAAGUUGGUUCGCUGCUACUAUGGGGACUGGUAUUCUGGCGGUACUUUUACAUGAUUUUCCUUUUCCAUUUACGCACUUGUUCGACUUGGCUUGGGCAUAUUGGUGGUUGAACGUUGGUCUCUUCACUAUUUUUAGUAUUCUGUUUUUAGCUCGUUGGACUUUCUAUUUCAAAGACGCUUUACCCAUGUUCUCCCAUCCUGUCCAAUCCAUGUUCUUAGGUGCUAUUCCUAUGGGUCUUUCCACAAUAGUCAACGGUGUUGCCUUAUUUUGUGUUCCGGUAUGGGGUCCGGGAUUUGUAACUCUAGCAGAGGUUUUAUGGUGCAUCAACGUCGUGUUGGCUUUGGCUUCUGGUUUACUUGUUCCUAUCUAUAUGAUAAGCACACAUGAGCACACCUUGAAGAAGAUGACAGCCGUUUGGGUUUUACCUGUUGUUCCAGCAGAAGUAGCGGCAGCGACUGGUGGAGUUAUCUUACCAACCAUUGCUAAUAUAGCUUUUGCUCGCUAUAUUGCAUUUUUGAGUGCUAUCUUAUGGGGCAUAUCCGUGCCCAUAGCAAUGAGCAUUCUCGUUAUUUUCUUCCUUCGCCUAGUGUUACACAAAUUGCCACCGAAUGAUCUAAUUAUUAGCUGUUUCUUACCUCUGGGUCCUAUAGGUUCAGCGGCAUUAGCAGCCACUGGUCUCAGUAUUUCAGCCCCUCGUAUAUUCGCAAGUCUCGGGGAUACUCUUUCGGAUGUGGCUUAUGAAAGUCUUGCCUCGGCUACUUCAGCAAUAGGAAUAUUAGUAGCGUGUGUCUUAUGGGGUUAUGGUUUUUGGUGGCUCGUUCUUGCAGUUUUCGCAGUCAUAAAGACGUUUGUAGAUCGUCUUCCUUUCAAUCUUGGCUGGUGGGGCCUUAUUUUUCCUUUGGGAGUCUUUAGUGCGGCUACUGUGGAUCUGUACAAAUUGACACAGCUUCUAUUUUUUAAAAUAUCGGCGACCAUCUUUAUUUGCGUAUUGUUUAUAUUGUGGUGGAUCGUUAUGGUGAACACAUUCUUAAGAGCAUAUACUGGGGAACUAUUUUACGCUCCUUGUCUCCAUACACAAAUGACCGCAGUACAAGCAGCCAACUUUGAGCUUGAAGUGUAAAAGUAGUUUCAAAACAAUAAAGCAUGUUUGCUAACUGGACCGAAGAUUGUAUUUUCUCGU